AUGAAGGAGAAAGAUGAGUUGUCACGUUCUGAAAAUCUUAAUUAAUUACACUUAGAAAUGAAUUUGGUUAUUGGAUAUUUAAAUUCACCUGAAUAGAUACCUUUAGAAACAUAAAUUAAUCAAUUAACCUAAGGAAAUGAUGAGAAACAAUCCAUCGAUUAUAUUAAUUAUGAGAAAGUAUUUAUUUGAUAUAUUAAUUUUAUAGGGAUUGAAAUAAUAAAUUAAUAUGUGACUGAAUAAAAAACUAGAGAGGCAAUUUAAAAAUAGAUAAUACAUACUUUAUGUUUGAAGGAAAUAUUGCUUUUUUUUCAAUUAUGUUAUUUAUAAAAUAAUAAAGAUGUCACAAUAAGGAAUAAUUAAGUUUACAUAAGAAUUAUAUUAUUAAACAAUUUUUGUAUCUCUAAAAAUUAAAAUGUGCAUCUUAAAAGAAUGUAUGAUUAAUUAAUGUCUACCUAUCCUGAUAAAUUCAAUAGAGCAAUUUGGGGUAGGUACUUAAUAAGUUUCGAAUAUAUGUAAAUAUUGACUAUCACCAAGAAUGAUAUUAAACAUGCAGAGGAUUUUAUUUGGAAAUUUAUUUGA